GCGUCAGUGUUUAUCAUUAAAAAAAAAAAGUGGCUAGUAACGCGUUUAAAAAGCUUUUCCUCUUGGAUAAAGAUUUGGAUAAAACGUAUGUCAGCAGGGCCUUGAGCACUGAAUGAGUUCUCCUGCUUUCUCUGCAUGGUCCUUCUUGUAGAGUUGAGAUGGGCCAGCAAAUCUCUGGCCAGGCUGUAAUGGGCAAGCUUCCUGAGAAGCUACUCAAACAUGCUGGAUUAGUGCGGGAUAGUAGCUACCUAACCUAUGAGGAGUUUCUGGCCCAUAUAGCAGAGCUGAAUGAUGUAACUGCUAAGCUGGCAGUUGGCCAACCAAAGCAUCUCCUCUUUGAAGUUCAGCCAGGAUCUGAUGCGUCUGCUCUGUGGAAAGUGGCUGUGAGGAUAGUGUGCACCAAGAUUAAUAAGGAGGAUGGGAUGGUGGAAGCCUCGCGCAUUAUGAACCUGUAUCAGUUUAUUCAGCUCUACAAAGACAUCACCAGCCAAGCAGCUGAGGUGCUGGCAGCAGAGGGCAGUAUGGAGUGUUCCUCUGGACAACUUUCCUCUGCAGCUUCCUGCCAGGCCAGCAUGUGGAUGGGCAGGGUGAAGCAGCUGACGGAUGAGGAAGAGUGCUGUAUCUGUAUGGACGGUAAAGCAGAUCUUAUUCUGCCCUGUGCUCACAGCUUCUGUCAGAAAUGUAUUGAUAAGUGGAGUGGUCAGAGUCGAAACUGUCCCAUCUGUCGGAUCCAGCUGACGGCUGCCAACGAAUCUUGGGUAAUAUCUGAUGCGCCUACAGAGGAGGACAUGGCCAGCUACAUUCUUAAUCUAGCUGAUGAAGCUGGCCACCCUCACAGACCUUAAUCUGAAGCACUACAUUAUUUUCACGCUCUCUCUCUUUCAUGAUUAUACUGGUUUCUUGACUGUAAGAAGCUAUUUUGAAUGAUUUUGGUUAUUAAUGUGAUCUUUGGUGUCUAAUUUGCAGGCAGCAAUAACCACUCACUGGGCCUCAUUUAUCAAGCUGGAUACAAGCCAAGUUAUUUGCGAAUCAGGAGCACGUAUGCAAAAAUGUGCUAUUCAUGGAAGUCAGCUUGAAGAUUUGUAUCAUACAGGAUGAGUUUGUGUAAAUUUACAUGUAAUAUAAAUGUUGUGAAAGAAAGCAAUCCAAACAAACCCAUAAAUUACAUUAAUGGCAUUUAGCAGACGCUGUUAUCCAGAGUGACCUACAACAUACCCAGAGCAGCCUGGGGAACAGUUGGGAGUUAGAUGCCUUGCUCAGGGGCACUUUGGCCAUUCCUGCUGGGUCAAGGAAUCGAACCAGCAACCUUUUGGUCCUAAAGCUGCUUCUCUAACCAUUAGGCCACAGCUUCCCUUUAAGACAAACACGGCUAGUUAUUCAAUGAGAUCAAAAGAAAUGCUGCCAUUUCUAAAAGGAGACAGCGUGCGUGUGUACCUCCUGAAUCGGACACACCACAGUGGCUGUGCUGCAUUACUGUAAGAUGUAGUGAAGGCAGCAUUAAAGAGAUAUUCUUUCAUUAUAUUCAGCUCACUGUGAGCUUUGCCUUUUAUGGAGUUUUGUGGGCAUCACUAAAUGCAAAUCAGCUGUGCCAUGAAUGCACUUUGCACUUUACAGGUGAUUUUGCAUUUCUUAAUAUAUGCACGACUCGGACAACAUAUGCACAAGUUUUCACACCACUCUUCUCCAAGACUGAUAAAUGAGGCCCACUGCUAUUUGGUUUCAUGUGAUUUGUCCAACCUCACUCUUUAGAGUUACAUUUUUAUUGUGUGAAUUUAAUUGACUACUUACUGCUUUAAUUUUUAGCACUUCAUUAGCUGUGUAUAGGAAUGAAAAGAAAUGGAAGUUCUAGCUUCCUUCCUUAGUGAUAGUGAAUGAACUGUGUUUGAAGAAUGUACAAGUGUAUAUUUUCUUUUAUUUCUCAGAAGUGAAGGUUUGUCGGUUGAAUAGAAGUGCAUUGAGUUCUUUAAAGUGCCAUUUCACCAUUGGAUGUAUUCUUUGGCAUAAAAUAUUUUAUGACAACAUGACUAGACAGAGAAAUCUUUUAGCUUCAAAAUGAUAUCAAACAUAAUUUUUUGACAACGACAAGUAUAUUAAUUUUGCGACCAAAGUCACCUACCCUUUUAAUUUCCGCGCGGUAGUGAAACGUGAUGUCAUCGGCAGGUUCCCCUUCUUGUGUACCACGUGUCGGUCUAUUUUUAGACCAGGAAACCCCCAAAGUGAGAGAGUCAUUUCUCCUCGUAUAUGGGGGCCAAAAAAAUUGCAAAAAAUUGAGUUAAUCUUUCAGUUAGCUAGAUUUAUUGGUAUUAGCUAGAUUUAUUGGUAUUAUUUUUAUCGCGUUCUAUCCACCAUUGCUGAUAAUAUGUGCCACGUCACACGGUACACAAGAAGGGGAACCUGCCGAUGACAUCACGCGCGGAAAUUAAAAGGGUAGGUGACUUUGGUCGCAAAAUUAAUAUACUUGUCGUUGUCAAAUUAUGUUUGAUAUAUCAUUUUGAAGCUAAAAGAUUUCUCUAUCUAGUGAUACCAUUUAUAUAUGUUGUCAAAAUAUAUUGUAUUUUAUGCCAAAGAAUACAUCCAAUGGUGGAAUGGCACUUUAAGGUAUUACGGGAAAGUGCUUCAUAUAGGUCAAAGUAAUUUAGUGGUGAUUAGGAAAAGGUUUCAGCUAACAAACAUUUGCUUGAUUUCUUCUAUAAAAUGUGAAAAGAUUUCAGAAGUUCUAGCUACUGAGGAUUUAAGUGUUGACAUUGUAGUACAUAUUAAGACUUGCACUAGUAUCUUUUCUUCACCUCAAUUUUAGUUAAUUAUUUAAAAACAGCAUUUUCUGGUUUAUGUAUGACUUGAUAUAAGAGCAGCACACUAGAUGUAUAUAUUUUUCUUGAUAUCCUGUCAUAAUCAUGAUUAUCUUCAUAAUCUGUGCAUUUAACGCAGAGUUCGAGUGUUAUGUUGUUAACCUGUUUCUUCCACACAAAAAAAGUCAGCCUAAAAUCAAUAAAAGUAUCUUUUAUACAAUAAAAAAA